CCAGCAUAACAUCUUUGGUAAAUAAUGGGAGCCUAGUAUCUAAAGGGAUUUUUUAAGACCUAUUUUUACCUUACAUGCGCAUGCGCUGUUAGGAUUUAGAUAUAAAUAGCCUUAGUAUCAUUCACUCUCGUACAUUUUCUCACUUGCUUUAACGGAAUGGAAUUUAGGAAAAUGUACGCGCAACAGUUACUUUUGUCCGUGUUUUUGCUGUCGUUCACCAAGGCUGACUGGAUUCCAUUAAUGGAAAAUCCGUCACUGUACGAAGGAGAUAUCGAACUAACAAAAGAACAGAAAGCCUUACUUAAUUCUUACGCUGCGACUAAAAAGGGUUUGUAUAAUCACUGGCCGCUUGGUGAGCCUAUACCGUACGAAAUUGAUGAAGCUUUUCUAAAUAGCACGUGGCAUAGAACACGUAUCGAAAAAGCACUCGCUGAUUAUGAGAAACAAACUUGUUUAAGGUUUGCGAAGAGGAAGACCGGGAAAGAUAAAGAGCGAAAUUACAUACGUUUCGUUCCAGGAGGAGGAUGCAGCUCUCCAGUCGGUAUGAGUUACUAUGGCAACUUCAUCCGGCUUGCAACUGGUUGUUUUUAUCAGCACGGUGUACUCUUGCACGAAAUUGCUCAUAGUUUAGGAUUUUGGCAUGAGCAGAAUCGUCCCGAUAGAGAUGACUACGUGAAAGUUCAUUACGAUCGAUUGAAAUGCUGUGCAUCACAGUUUCGUAAGAUGACGUUCAAACAAAUUGACUCAUUGGGUUUUCCUUAUGAUUACGAAAGCGUUAUGCAUUACAGUGCCACUGCAUUCGGACACGGAAAGGGCGUGGUCAUCGAAGUUUUGAAUAAAACGAAGAAAAUAGGAAACCGAAGAGGAUUUAGCAAGAUCGACAUUGCACAAAUCAAUAAAAUGUACAAGUGCGGAGAAGUUCACACUGCAAAGCCAACCGUAUUUAAAAAAACUACCGCUCAACCAGUAGUUACAACAGCAACCAAAUCAACAACAAAUCCAGUAAAUGGUUAUUGUAUCAAACAUGCAACCAGUGGAAAAUAUCUUUCUAAAGCUUCUGAUGGGAGUCUCUCCUACACAACAGCUUGCGCAACCAGGUUUUCGGAUUUGAAUACUUUAAGAAUGGCUGGCUCAUCAGAAUGUGCUUCACUACAAGGCCAACACGAUGGAGAUUACAUUAAAUUCGAUGCGUCAUGCUCGGAUAAGUAUGUAUUACGACAAAAAGGAAAUUUGUUUUCCAUUCAGCAUGCAAUAACAAAGAAAUGUAUCCAUCCAAAUGGUGGCUCGAUCAAUCCAAAAGAUGGCACAAAAGCCGUCAUUUAUUCUGGCUGUGAUUAUAGCAGAUUAAGGUUUAUUCUAGAAGGUUCAGUUAUACCAUCGCCUACAACAGCAACAAACGGAUUCAUACUUCGUCACACAAGUGAUUUGUGUCUAUCAGUGUCUGUCAACUCUAAGUUAUCUCUGUCGAAAUCGUGCAACACCAAAUUUAUGUUUACGACCUCUGGUGCCCUGAAGGACCAGAAGACGGGUAUGUGUGCCGCCCCAGAAGGAAAAAACAGCAAUUCUUAUAUUGCUAUGGUUCCUCAAUGCUAUGAUAAAUUCGAAAAAACAAGACUGGAUGGACAGAAUUUUGCUCUCAAGCAUGCAGAAACAAAAAAAUGUAUUCAUCCUAAAGGUGGUUCAUCGAGGCCAAAAGAUGGUACCUUAGCAGUUAUUUAUCAUAGUUGUAGUGGUGACCGCCUGAAAUUUAGAAAAGAGUAAAAGGCUCUGUUAUUAAAAGGGAAUGAAUUUUAAAAGAAUAAAACUAAUAAAGAUCAAA